ACAGGAUUUCAAGCCACAAUACCUUUCAGCUCUUUAUAUAAGACCAAAAUGGAUAACCAUUAUGGAGAUUUUCAUGAUCAUAAUCAUAAAACUGUAUUCGUAUUGGAUCAUACUCCAUAUUUUGGAAUUUCGUGUGAAAAUCCGAUUGAAUUCGAGUUUUUAAAAGCUAGAGGUCCGGGUUGUCUUCCAAUACCCCCAUUCUCCAAAUCAUUAUGGACUUGUAGUUUUGAAUCCGCUCUUGAAUAUUGUAGAAUAGUUUGGGAUCUCUUUCCGAUAAAUAAAUUAAUUAGAUUUGUUGCAUCCGAUCAUAUACCUCAUUGUAUAAACGAAUGGCUUCCUGCACAUCAAAACCUAGGACAUCUUACCAGUACUAUGUCGACGAUCGGAGUUCCCCCCACCGUAUUGCCUUCUAAUACAAAGACAGAAUUUACUGUACUCCACGGAAUGAAAGUAGCAUUAGAAGCCUUGAAUGAACCAACUGAGGCGCAAUUAGCAAGAAUUAAAUCGGAUAUACCAGGCAAAUUGAUUAAUCGUGGUCGAGUCAUCUGUAUCACAUCAACCAGGGAUGACGAGAGUAUGAACCGGUUGGAAGAAAUAUUUUUAAGUGGAUUGAUGCACCAGAAUAAAGUUGCAACAAAAUCUGACAGGCUUUUAGUGAUUGAUCAUUGCCAUUUGGUUAUAAUAAAUACUUUCCCGGCUAAUGUAGAUAGCCAAGUGAGCAAUCACACAUUGAAAAGUCUAUCUCCUAUCUUAUCAACUGAGGUACAUUCGGUUAAGGCUAAUCUAAUUCCGAACAAGUUGUCUGCCUUAAUAUUAGAACAUUACGACUUAACAAGUACAACAGUUACUGGGAUCCCAAUGAAAGAGGAGCAAAACGCAAGUUCAUCUGCUAAUUACGAUGUAGAAAUCUAUCACCAUAGCUCUGCCCAUACUGCGAUACUCAAAAGUAAUGCUUCUGAUUCCCUCGCUAUUCAAACACAGAAAGAAAAUCAUGAAUAUUUAACGGUAACUUUGAAGUGGUGUACCCCAAGAGGUACCACUGGUUCUGAACUCCACAAUUGUACCCGCAUGCAUAGGAUAACACCUGUAGAUGUUAAUUCCAGGCCUUCGUUAUGUCUCAUCAACUUUUUACUUAAUGGUCGAUCCGUUAUGUUGGAGAUGCCUAGAAAAUCUGGAGGUAAAAUAACUAGUCACCUUUUAGCUGCGCAUGGAGGAGAAAUAUACAUACAUACCCUGUGUACAGCAAGAUCGGUGUUAGAGGAUCCCCCAUCAAUUUCAGAAGGUUGCGGUGGCAGAGUGACCGAUUAUCGAAUAACGGAUUUUGGAAUGCUGAUGAAACAAAAUGCUUUACUUCCAGUCAAAUCUAAUACUUCUGAUAAAAUUCCUAUUAAUGAAAUGGUAUCGAGGCUAAACCGUAUGACUAGGUACUGGCCUUUGACAAUCAGCUCCACCUUGAUUUUCAACUUAAAAAUGUAUAUCGAUCCUCUACCAUCUAUUAUAACAAAAGAGACCAUAACCGAAGAGGAAGUGAACCAGUGUAAGCAAAUAAUAAGGAACCUUAUAAGUCUGGAAAACAAGCACGAAUCGCUACACCCUAUGAAUACUGGUCAGAGAGUCAAAGGUCAAAAGAGGGACGAACAGUACAAAACCAUGUGGAAUGAACUAGACAUACUCAUCAAAAAUAAUUUGCAUUCAGAGCAACACAAGACCAUUCAUAAAUGUUUAUUGGAAAGCCAUGCAUUUAAGGAUGAGAAGGUGGAGUUGGACGAAGCUUUAAGGGAAUUAGAUCAAAUUGGCCCUUCGAAGCCAGACCUUGACGCUCAAAGGGCCUCUGUGAUUAGAGCCACUACAGAUUCUCCAAUGUCACCUCCUCCCCUUAGUAACAUAGCUUCCGCAUCAACAUCAAGAGCUAGUGGUUCUUCAUCGAAUAAAAACCUUUAUGACAUGUUUCUUGCAAUGAACAAGCCUAAGAGUAGACCGGAGUUUGCUGGCAGAAUGGGAGAUGGUCUUAAAGCAAAAUUGUAUCCGAAUUUAAAAGCUGAUAGAAAUUCUAAACCAGAAGGAAUGGAUGUUGACUAAUGAAUUUUCAACAAUUUUGAUUUUUGAUUUGGCUAAUACCAGAACGAAGGCUAUGUGUGAUAAAAUGAUUACACUGAGAGAGUGGGAAUAGAAUUGUUAAAUUCUGAAAUGAUAUGUUGAUCGAAUGAAAUUUUAUAUGUCAUAUGAGACAUUCCCCUACUACAGUGCCUCAAUCGAUGAUCUUUCAAUAUUUAACACUUCUUAUUUACACAACGUAUUUAGUUCAUUUAAUUUGGACCUCAAUCUACCUGAAAGCAAUUAAGCAAUAAUUAUGUAAUGCUGUACCCGUUGUUUUGUGAUAAUUGUCUUGUAUAUUCGAUUUAAUUGAUCUAAAUGAAUUGUUUUAUAAUAUUCUGCCUUAUUUUUUAUAACUGAAUUCAAUAAAUAAUUUUCACAA